CGCUCGUAUUAAUCCCAAUCGUUCAUCGCAUGAGUGAAUACGGCGAUAGGGAAGGCUGAUACAAGCCGUACGAUUAUACCUUCCCAGAACUUCACCUUGUCCCGGCCUCCAUAUUUCUGCCAUCAUGCUGUCUGCCGCCGAGUCAGCACCGCAGUGAUCCACCCAGUUUUUACGUUAGAAACUACCUCGGAUCGACCUCUCGUCAUUCUCGUAACUCCGGACCGGAAUCUCCUCUCGUGCCACCCUCGAUAUAGCCGCAUCAUGUUGUCAGGUGCUGAGUCAGCAGCGCUCCUCUCCACGCUGGCAGAAGACAGGUCCUUCAAAUCCAACGCCGACACUUUUUCCCGCGCUUUUCCUCCCACUCGCCGUUUCACCGCCUGCUGCACCCUCGCCAUGCUCCUAGAGGACGGGGUUGCGUUGAAGGGAACCCAGCGCCUGAUCUCGCUCUUCCUUUUAGAUCACACGUACCAGAACGAGCCGUUGAGGGAUCAUCCCUUUGCUCCGCUCCUGCUCCAUGUGGCCGCAGAGCCCUCCCUGCCUUCCAUUGAGCGCUGCUUCGCCCUCAACCUGCUCUCACACUCUUUAGCGGAUGUUCCCAGCAAGUCACCUCGGGAAUAUGUGCAGCUUUUCAGGGCCCCCAAGCAGUUCCCGUCGCGCGAGGCGAUCUACAAGGCACAUGCGGACGUCAUUCCCUCUUCCCUUUCACGGUCCGCUGCUUCCUCCGGUUUCCACUCCUCCUCUGGUUUUGCGUCUGCUGGGCCGGGCACAAGUGCUUUCCAAGCAGCAGCAGUGCCCCGCCUGCUGAAAUGCUCCAAGGCAACUGUUUCCGAGUGCAUGCAGGCAGUUAGCGCCCACUCCACCUCCCAACUAGCACCUGCGGCUGUGGAUAUGAAGCCACAGGAGUUAGACACUAGAAGGAGCAGCACGGCACAUGGGCGGGCAUCAACAGCAGCAGCAGCAUUGCUGGCGCCACCAAGCCACGCGUCAGCAGCAUCGAUAAUGUCGUGCGUUCAGCUGCUGCAGCUGGGAGGUGUGGGCGGAAUGGGAGGAUUCGGUGGGUUUGAGCCCCCUUGGAUCCGACCUCUGCCGCCCCUGUUGCCCCCUCAGCCAGGCGAGAUGGAUGGUAUCGGCCCGGACAUUCCUGUAGAGCAACCACAGGCAGCAGCAACACAAGCGGUACCAACACCACCUGCAGCAGCAGCAGCAGCAACAGCAACAGCAGCAGCAGCAGCAGCAGCAGCAUCAGCAGCAGCACCAAAACCAGCAGCAGCGCACCCAGCAGGCAUCGCAGCAGCAGGUGUUACUUUUCAAGCCCGCCGAAGCCAAAGCCAGAGCCAAACCCCAAUCCCCCAGGCUGCUUCUUCCAAAGGGGAGUCUAAGUCCGGGGAGUCUGAUGCAGUCGUGAGAGGGGGUCUGAUGAAAGAGGAACUUUCAGGGGAGUUGGAGGAGGGGAGAGGAGAGGGAAGGGCGGAGAGAGUGAGUGAAGGAGAAGGCGAGAGGCGAGGUGGUGGGGGUGAGGAAGGGGGGAGGGACGGAGGAGGGAGAGAGGAAGCAGGAAGGGGAGGGGAGAGUGUGGAGGGAGAGGGGGUGGGUGGGAAGGGAGGUGCGAGUGUGGAGUUUCAAUUGAUGCACAAGGCGUUGGAGGGCCCACUCAUGCCCGCACAGCAGCAGGAGCUCCUCUCGCUUCUCUCCGCCAAUCCUUUACUCGUCGCGCAUUGUGGCCUGCACCCCAUCACACUGCCACCGCUAGUGGAGCACAACCCUGACGUUGCUGCGUGCGCCCUCACUUUGCUGCUGGCAUCACAACCGGCUUUCGAGUACCUGGAGGUGCUGUCUCAGCUGCCGCUCACCCUUCACUCGCUGGAGGUGGUCAGCCGGGUGGCAAAGGCCGUUGACUUGCCGCCCGAUUUCAUCCACUCGUACGCGAGCCACUGCAUGCGGUGCUGUGAGGAAACCAAGGACAAAAGCAUGCAAAAUCGUCUUGUGCGGAUCGUGUGCAUCUUCCUACUCAGUCUUAUCCGCGAUAACAUAAUCAAUGUGGAGGCGCUUUUCAUUGAAAUGCAGGCGUUCUGUAUCGAGUACUCGCGAGUCAGGGAAGCAGCAGCCCUCUUCCGCAUGCUCAAAUCCCUGGAGUAGAAUAGGAGUCCCUUGCGGUGUGUUGUAACUUGUGGUGUGAAUAUUCGAAGUUUUUUUUUCUACUUAAAGCCCGCAGCUAAAAUAGCAGACCUGGAGACCACUUGAAUUUGGUGCUUUGAAAUCCGUCUAAGCAGAGAAUGGAAGGCAGCUUUGAGUUCAAGCCUGAACAAGAAAACUGCGUCGAAACAAAUUCUGGUCGAGCUUGCUGAUUGGAGGAAUGGCGAAAGAACUCGUUUUGCUGUUUGUUGCGACACGAUCAUUUGGAUGCGAAUUGCGCAAAAACAC